UUCCUACAGUGGUUCGAAGAAGGAUGCGCGCACUAGCCUGGAAGGUUCACUGACUUCCCGGGUCCUCUGCUCUGCAGUUGAGGUGUCAGGUUUCAAUCCUCCCAGGGGCCCGGGACGUCGCAGCGUGCACCGUGCGGCGGCCGCCUCCGCCUCCACGCCUCAACUAAGGCAGCUGGCAAAAGCUAGUCUCAGACGCGCGGCCGCGCACUCGGCGCCGCGGCGGAGGCUGCUUCUGAGCUGCACUGGCUGGGCGCGCUGGGAGGCGGCGAUCGCAGCUGGGCCGGGACUUCCUUCCUUCACCGCUGGACAACAAAACAAGCAGGCAGCAGGCACCAAGCUCUUGGCCGCUGUCUGGGCGGGAGGCGCAGCAAUGGGGUCGGUGCUGAGCAGCGACAACGGAAAAUCCGCGCCCGCCUCGGCCACCCCACGGGCCCUGGAGCGCAGGGGGGACCCCGCGCUGCCCGUCACGUCCUUCGACUGCUCCGUAUGCCUCGAAGUGUUGCACCAUCCCGUCCGGACCCGCUGUGGCCACGUAUUCUGCCGUUCCUGCAUUGCUACCAGUCUAAAGAACAAUAAGUGGACCUGUCCUUAUUGCCGGGCAUAUCUUCCUUCAGAAGGCGUUCCAGCAACUGAUGUAGCCAAGAGAAUGAAAUCCGAGUUCCAGAAUUGCACAGAGUGUGACACUCUGGUUUGCCUCAGCGAAAUGAGGGCACACAUACGAACAUGUCAAAAGUACAUUGAUAAGUAUGGACCACUUCAAGAACUUGGGGAGACAGCAACAAGGUGUAUAUGUCCAUUUUGUCAGAGGGAAUUGGAUGAAGACAGCUUGCUGGAUCAUUGCAUUACUCAUCAUAGAUCAGAAAGGAGACCUGUGUUCUGUCCACUUUGCCGUUUAAUACCUAAUGAGAAUCCAGGCAGCUUCACUGGCAGCUUAAUAAGACAUUUGCAAGUCAGUCACACUUUGUUUUAUGAUGAUUUCAUAGAUUUUAAUAUAAUUGAGGAAGCUCUUAUCCAGAGGGUCUUAGACCGGUCACUUCUGGAAUAUGUGAAUCACUCGAACACCACAUAAUUUUAUUAAAAGGAAAGGGAAGGAGGCUAUACAAUUGCACCGUUUUUUUAAGCUGCUGCUUGAAGAAUUGGAGGGAAACUCUUAAUGUUUAAUGGGCCGAAAAGUGUGCAAUGUAAUUAUAUGUUUGUCAUGUUUAUUGUUAUAUUGCUUUUUUAAACUGCUUUCAUUUUGACAGUUUAGGUCUGUUUUACAUUUUUGAGUUUCUUAGACACUUAACAGCAGAAAAUAGUCUCCAUCAGCCAUUAAUAUAUGAAAGAGACCAUAAGGCUGGUUGUGGGUGAAGCAUCUUUAUUUGCAAAUUAGGUGACAUUGUGUGUAAUGCAGCCAUGAUAACUGCCCUCAUAGUUGGGCAAGAUAACUAAUCUUUGUUCUAUAUAAAAAGAUGGAGAGUGAAAUAAAGUGUAGACAUUCAAGGAAAUAUGAAAUCUGUUGCAGGGCUCAUGAUCUAAUCGCUAAUAGAAUAACAUGAAUAACCUUGUAUCAUAGUAGGAAAGGAAGAUUUUGGAAGUCAACACAUCCAUUUAACCAAAUUGUAUAAUACUGUAGCAAAGUAAAUUUCAUGUUGGGAAUGUAUACUCACACUUAGCUCUUUGACUUUUUAUAACUAUACACACAUAAGAAUUUAAUAUUAUAUUUUUCAAAUAUUUGUAGUUUAUCAUUUAGAAAUAUUUCUUUACACAGGCAACUUCUUACCAACCAUCUGCUGAUAUUUAGAGUAGAAGUAUGCACAUCUAUAAUUUUUGGUGGGAAACCCUAAGGGCUUUGAUUUUUUUUUUUUUAAUUUUCUUCUCUUAGAAAAAUUAUAAAAUUAACAAAUAUUAAAAACCAAACAAAAACUGUAUAGCUCAUUACAUUAUUAUAAGGAAACAUUCUUUUAGAACUCUGCCACCAACCUGGGAUGUCCUCUGUGUGUGUGUGAUCUGUCACAGUUAACCCUCUUCCUCAGCUCCACAAAAGUAACCACUACAUGGAUUUCAGUGGUACUCCCUUCCUUGUAUUUUCUUUCUUAUUUAAAAUCUUUCUUUCUUAUUAAAAUCUCUACACACUAGCUUGUAAUCUUAUCUAUUUAAAAUUGCUUUAUUAGAUAGAUCUUUUAUGUCUCUUUUUAAUCUACAGAUUCCUCCUUCUUUCUUUUCCUUAAAUUUUACCUGGUCUUAGAAAUUCCCCACUGUCUGUAUUUUGUUAAUUGCAUACUCAUGGCACAAUUUAGCAUGUUAUUCUGUCCUCUGGAUAGUGACAUGGAUCCAGAGGUUUGAGCAGACUCAGGUUCAGCCUUCUGCACAGACUGUAGGUCAUGGUGUCUUCUUUCAUUAGAGGGCACAGAAUGUCCGAUUCUCUCUUUUUGUGACAUCAGCUGAAAUUGAUACUCAAUGCCUAGAUCCAUUGAUUUGUUGUGGGUUGGAGAAUAUUCUAUCAUUUAUUUUUCAUUUAUUAGUUGGGACCUUUUUAUAAAGAGGUAUUUCCCUGCAUCUACUAUUUGGUUAACCAGUGGUCAUGUUCAUAUAGGAAGGGAAAAAUAAAUACUUGAAUUUUCCCCUUUAUUUACCAAUUUUCCAGACAAACUUGUUUUUUAUCAUCCUCUAUAGAUUUCCCCCUUUGCUAAAAGUAUCGUGAGCUCAUGGGGUCAAACAUAGGCUUUAUUCCAUUUUGAGUAUUACGUUAUUAAAGAUCAAAUUGUCCUAUCUUUGAUCAUUGGGAGCCUUAUCAAGUUGGCUCUGAGUCCUUUUGGCACUACUGCAGCAGUCUUUAAUAGCUUCCAUGUAGUCUUGGAUGACAAGGUAUUCCAGGCUCAACUUGUAUGUUUCCUGCCCCAGUCCUGAAGUCAGCCAUUUUUCUAAGAAGCCUGAUUACUUUCAGUGAGAAAUAAUGCUUCAAAAGCAUAAUUGGGGCUGUUAAGUUCAUUGCAGUUAGAUUGGUCAUUGUUUCUAGAGGAGAGCUAGGAAAUAAUCUUUUUCUUUUUUUUUUUUAAGGUAAAACAAUUUAUGAGUUUAUUUUGAUACUUCCAACCCAAAUUGACUACUACAGGGUAUUUGUCUAAUCUUUUCUACUAUAUCUGUGUCUUUUAUUUUUCUAUACUGAGAAUCCUGGUUUUCAAGGAGAUAGGAGUAUCCCACAAUUACCCGUUUCCUUCAUCUGCCUUACAAAUGCAGCAGUCUCAGAAUAAUAGUACUAAUACAACCGCCACCAAUACGAUAACUGGAACAAUUAAAAAUGCUUUUUAGGAGUUCCUGUUAUGGCUUAACAGGUUAAGAACCCAACAUAGUGUCCGUGACGAUGCU